UUGGAAAACCAAGUAGCAGAGAACCGAGAAGGAGAAGGGAAAAUGGCCUCCUCUAUGAUUUCCUCCCCUGCUGUUACCACUGUUAACCAUGCCAACAUGGUUGCCCCAUUCACUGGUCUCAAAUCCAUGGCUGGUUUCCCAGUUACAAGAAAGGCCAACAAUGACAUCACCUCCAUUGCAAGCAAUGGUGGAAGAGUCAACUGCAUGCAGGUGUGGCCUCCAAUUGGCAAGAAGAAGUUUGAGACCCUUUCUUACCUUCCACCACUCACCGUGGAGCAAUUGGCAAAGGAAGUAGAAUACCUUAUCAGGAAGGGAUGGGUUCCUUGCUUGGAAUUUGAGACUGAGAAAGGGUUUGUGUACCGUGAGAACCACAAGUCACCAGGAUACUAUGAUGGACGUUACUGGACAAUGUGGAAGCUGCCCAUGUUUGGAACCACUGAUGCUUCUCAGGUUUUGAAGGAACUUGAGGAGGCCAAGAAGGCAUACCCCAACGCCUUCAUCCGUAUCAUCGGAUUCGACAACAAGCGCCAAGUGCAGUGCAUCAGUUUCAUCGCACACAGGCCAGAAGGCUACUAAAAAAUUUGACGCCAAACCACUUUCUUCUAUCUUUGUAAUUUGUGCUGCUGCUUAAUUUCAACAUUGUAAGAACAUUCCCCAUUUGUUUUUGUUUUUUGUUAUGUUUCUUUCUUCAGGUUCCAUCUUGUUGUAAUUUUGGUUUUCUGUUUUCGGACAUCAAGUGCAAAUUAUAUGAAUGGAUAUGAGAACUAAUGAAUAAACUAUGUUAUCGCUUUA